CACGUGACCCGGCCCUGGAGGCGGCAGAUCUUGCGAGAGGGGCUUUAGCGGAACGGCUGCGGUUAUGUCGAAGCGGCACCGGCUGGACCUAGGGGACGACUAUGUGGCGAACAAGAAAAGAAGCAGCGACGGAAAAGACAGAGAUCGAGAGAGAGAUGACCGAUCUAAGGACCGGGACCGUGACAGAGAUAGGGAUCGGGAAAGGGACAGAGACAAGGAUAAAGACUCACGUGGGUCAUCCAAUUCUACGUAUAUUACAGCUAGUGGAAUGCCACCUCUAAAACCUGCAGCGGUUGCUCAAGGCAUUAAUCCCUUUACCAACUUACCCCACACUCCGCGCUACUAUGACAUCUUAAAAAAGAGGCUACUGUUGCCAGUAUGGGAAUACAAAGAACGGUUUACUGAAAUUCUUAUGAAGAACCAGAGCUUUGUAUUGGUUGGUGAGACUGGAUCUGGGAAAACUACUCAGAUUCCACAGUGGUGUGUCGACUACAUGAGGUCAUUGCCUGGUCCCAAAAGAGGCGUUGCAUGUACCCAGCCAAGAAGAGUGGCUGCCAUGAGUGUGGCUCAAAGAGUUGCAGAUGAAAUGGAUGUCAUGUUGGGUCAGGAAGUUGGUUAUUCCAUUAGGUUUGAAGACUGCAGCAGUGCAAAAACAAUCUUGAAGUACAUGACAGACGGUAUGUUACUCCGGGAAGCUAUGAACGAUCCAUUGUUGGAACGCUAUGGGGUAGUGAUUCUUGACGAAGCUCAUGAAAGGACCUUAGCAACAGAUAUUCUAAUGGGUGUUUUAAAGGAAGUUGUAAGACAAAGGAAUGACUUAAAGGUUAUAGUUAUGAGUGCCACUUUAGAUGCUGGCAAAUUCCAGGUAUAUUUUGAUAGCUGCCCUCUUUUAACAAUCCCUGGACGAACACACCCUGUAGAAAUCUUCUAUACUCCAGAGCCUGAGCGGGAUUACCUAGAGGCAGCCAUUCGAACAGUGAUUCAGAUUCACAUGUGUGAAGAGGAGGAAGGAGAUCUCCUGCUUUUUCUUACUGGACAAGAGGAAAUUGACGAGGCCUGCAAGAGAAUCAAACGGGAAAUCGAUGACUUGGGCCCUGAUGUAGGAGACAUCAAAAUCAUUCCUUUAUAUUCAACCCUCCCACCUCAGCAACAGCAAAGAAUAUUUGAGCCUCCUCCACCCAAGAAACCUAGUGGAGCAAUAGGAAGGAAAGUUGUAGUUUCCACUAACAUCGCUGAAACAUCUCUGACUAUAGAUGGUGUUGUGUUUGUGAUCGAUCCUGGCUUUGCCAAGCAAAAGGUGUAUAACCCUCGAAUUCGAGUGGAAUCUCUCCUGGUGACUGCCAUCAGCAAAGCUUCAGCGCAGCAAAGAGCUGGUCGUGCAGGUCGUACCCGGCCUGGCAAGUGCUUCCGGCUUUAUACAGAAAAGGCUUACAAAACAGAAAUGCAGGACAAUACUUACCCUGAAAUAUUGAGGUCCAAUUUGGGUUCCGUAGUAUUGCAGUUAAAGAAACUUGGCAUUGAUGACUUGGUUCAUUUUGAUUUCAUGGACCCUCCAGCGCCUGAAACUUUAAUGCGUGCCCUGGAGCUUUUGAACUACCUGGCUGCCUUAAAUGACGACGGAGACCUGACAGAAUUGGGAUCUAUGAUGGCAGAGUUCCCACUGGACCCACAGCUGGCCAAGAUGGUUAUUGCCAGUUGUGACUACAACUGCUCUAAUGAGAUCUUAUCCAUAACAGCCAUGUUGUCAGUCCCACAGUGUUUCAUUCGACCCACGGAAGUCAAGAAAGCUGCCGAUGAGGCUAAGAUGAGGUUUGCCCACAUCGACGGUGAUCAUUUGACGCUGCUGAAUGUAUACCAUGCUUUCAAGCAGAAUCACGAGUCGUCUCAGUGGUGUUAUGACAACUUCAUUAACUACAGAUCCCUGAUGUCUGCAGACAAUGUACGGCAGCAGCUGUCACGAAUCAUGGACAGAUUUAACUUGCCGCGAAGAAGCACAGACUUUACAAGCCGAGAUUAUUACAUUAAUAUUAGGAAAGCUUUGGUUACUGGUUAUUUUAUGCAGGUGGCACACUUGGAGCGAACUGGUCACUAUCUAACAGUGAAAGACAACCAAGUGGUACAGUUGCACCCGUCAACCGUUCUUGACCACAAACCCGAGUGGGUCCUGUACAACGAGUUUGUCCUCACAACCAAGAACUACAUCCGCACAUGCACAGAUAUAAAGCCUGAAUGGUUGGUGAAAAUUGCAGCUCAAUAUUACGACAUGAGCAACUUUCCUCAGUGUGAAGCAAAGAGGCAACUGGAGCGCAUUGUGGCCAAACUUCAGACUAAGGAAUAUUCACAGUACUGAGUUCUGGGGUUAGGGGUGGGGGGGGGUUGUUUUUUUCUUUUGCAAGUUUUAGCUUGUCUGAAGAGCAGUUUGAGCGAAUGAAAGAAGCGAUACAUUUGUAUACUAUGUAUUGGUCCAGUGGCGACCUUUAUAUAAGCUUUUUAAUUUCUUUCAUUACAGUAAAUAUGACAUUCUUAUUUCAUCAAUUGAACCUUUAUGGCUCCCCUUUGUGUUAACACUGUUGCUUGUGCUGGAACAGUCAAUCAAUGUGUUGCAAUUUAUUGGAAGUAGUUCUAUAAAUAACAUUGUUAUAGGCAUUUCUUAGGAAAUGUUUGAAAGUACUUCUAAAAAAAAUAUAAAUAUAUAUGUAUAUGAGGGUAACCUGCAGCUCUUCAGAUAAUGACCUGGAAUUCUUAGGGGCAUAUUUAAAAAGAGGUGUUAAAUAAUUUACACCUAAAAAGUGGUGGUAAAUAAAAUGUAGGCUGCAUUAAUGCCAUAUACUGUGAGCACAGGAAUCCAUUACUAGUGCCAUUACAAAGCGCCCAAAAUUCCCACCAUUACUCGACACGGUUCCAUACGUGGCACUACUCAGUGAAAUUAAAGUGGUGUAAAAAGUGUCAGUAGCUUUUCUUUUUAAGCUAACACUUAUUUUUAUACCACGUUUGCCUGUACAUAUGCAUAAAAUCAUUACACAGCUUCGUAAAUCCCUGUCCUUUUCACAUGGCGAUCUAUGGUGUUUAAAACAGCGCUGUUGUUGGCGGUUUAACACCUAUUUAAAAAUGCCCCUUAGUAUCGCCCUCCCCGGUUCAUUAUCUCCAUGGCCGCAGGUUGCACAUCCCUGUAUAUGAUCACACAAUUUUACGCAUGAUUGGUGUAACUGUUGACAUUCCUUUUAGAAGUUGUGAAAUGUUACAACUGGUGCAUCUGUAAACCCAAACAUCAGCCUCAGUACUGGGGCCCUGGCUUCAAUAAAGUCUAUUUAUACAAAA